GGCCUUGUAGCUCGUAUAUACUAAUCCUCGUGUCCCCUUGGUCCUAAUUCUCUAGCCAUGGAAGAAAGAGCAAUUCACCGAGCAGAACGGAGGAGGGAACUGGAAGAGGCCAAGAGAAAAAGAGAGGAGGAGAAAAUGGUGCAGCUGAAGGCUGAAGAGGAAGAGCGUCAGAGGAAGGAGGCUGCUGAAAAAGAGGCCCUGCUGGAGAAGAGGCGGGAGGAGAGGAGACAACAGAAAUUGAAAGAACUGGAGAAGCAGAGAAGGCUGGAGAAAGAGCAGCAGCUCCUGGCAAAAGCCAGAGACCAUUACAAGAAGGUCCUGCUGAGAAAGAAGGGGCUGGAGCCCUGGAAGAGGCUGAGGGACCAAGCCAAGGAAAACAUGGUGGUGGCACAAAAGCACCGCUGCUCGGGAUUGCAAAGGAAGUGCCUGCUGGCCUGGCUGCGGCACGUCCAGGAGAGCCUCGCUGAGAAGAUGGCUCGGGCUGAGGAAUUCUCUUCCCGCAUGUUACUCAGAAGGGGGUUCAGGAGCUGGUUAAAGUACAAGGAUUAUCUCUCUGCUCUGGAAGAGAGAGCUAGCAGGCUCUAUGCAGCCUCCCUCAAGAAGAAGUUGUUGUGGGCAUGGUUUGACCUGCUCAACGAGGAGAAGAGUGCAUUAUGGGAAAAGCAGAAGAUCGCAGCUGAGCACAGUGAUAGGAGAAUAACACUGACCAUGUUCAGGGCCUGGAGGCAGUACCCAGCACUGAUGAAGGAGGAAAGAGAGAAAGAGGCAAGGAGAGAGCAGCUACGCAAGAGAGUAGCCGAAAUUCUCCCCGACUUCCGAAGAUGACAGGAAGGACUCUGGGCAACGCUCCCUCCUUGAUGAGCAGAGUGGACCUAAGUGGAAGGAUUCAGCUAGUGAUGUGAGCUCACCCCUGUGAAUGACAGGAGCUCUUCCUGGUUUGGUGCAGUGGGGGCAAAGGGAGUGUUCUAGGGCCCAUGGCCACUUGUGUUUCAAGUGCCACUUUUAACAUUCAGUCUAACCUGAGGACGACAGUGAAAACUGGACUGUUGGCGUCACUCUCUAGCCACUAGGCUGCUUUCCCACAGUGGGAACAUGCCAGAGCAACACCCCGUCAGAUGGGCAGUGAGUGGGGCUAGAGCACGAGAAUCAAGGCAGGAUAAAUUCCAGGCCAGGUGCAAACUUUGCUUCCAAACCUCCCCCGGGAUUUUUGCUGCCUUUAGCAUAGGGCUGUCGAAUUGAGACACUGUACUUCCUCCCUAAGGGACAGGAAGCGCAGAACCAAAAUGUGCCUUUUUGUGCUGGAGCAGAGCCCUGGAUGCCUUUCUGUUGUCAGUACUCUCGCCUUGUGGUUUGACACAAUGUGGCUGUAUCUGCGAAUAAAUGAAUGGAGUCCUUUUACCCUCAAA